AUGUACGAUUUCCCGAUUCCAGCUCCUCUGUGCCACACAGCGCUCUUUGCAGACAAUAUUGAGCUUCAUACGUCGUCAAACUCUAACGUGCGGGCGGCCGAGGUGUUGCAACGGUAUCUUAAUCAUAUUGGCCUCUGGGCCACAGAUUGGUGCCUAGUCUUUUCAAUUGACAAAUGUGUCCUUCUCAUUUUCUCGAGAAGACGCUCUAUGAAUCAGGAUCUAACCUUAACCCUAAACAAUCUGUCUAUUCCCAUUGAAACCACUUUUAAAUUUCUUGGAGUCCAUUUUGAUAAAAAACUUAGCUGGAACGCGCAUGUCAGCAUUACGCUCGCCAAGGCGUCUCGUAAUCUGAAUGCCAUUAAAAUUCUUGCGAGAGGUAAGAUCGGCCUUAAUUUCAGGUCUCUAGUCCGCCUUUAUAAAUCUCUUAUUCGAAGUAGACUUGAAUAUGGCGCUGUAGUCUUAUCGUCUCUCUCUAAAUCCCAGACUUACUCAUUUGAAGUGCUCCAGAAUUCUGCAAUGAGAUCUAUCAUCGGUGCCUUUAAAUCCACUGCAGUCGCUCUUUUGAAUUGGGAACUUAACAUUGAACCUAUCGAUUUCCGGUGGAAAUCGCUGGCGAUCAAUUACUUGCUGAACCUUAACGCCAAACCGUUUAAAAUGACCUACCACACGGCCAGCUCUAUUGUUUACGGGAAUAUUAAAUGGAAACCUCGUAGUACCCCGGCUAUCGUCCCCCUCUGUAAAAAUCUUAACUUAAUCGACAAUCUCAACAUCUUCAAUAAUAGCGCGUCAACUGUUAGGCCUCUCCCACCCCCGCCGUGGCAAUCACCCCACUCCGAGUUUUCUAAAUUUCCCAUCACGAAAAAGAUGUCCUUACAGAAUCCGGGCCUGGCCCGGGCCACUUUCUUGGAACUUUACGAGUCCCAACCAGCGAAUACCAUAAAUGUGUUCACGGAUGGAGCCUUGAGAGACAACCGUGCUGCUUGUGUGUUUACCAUCCCUUCCCGUGAUGUAAAUAAAGCUUGGAAACUUCCCGAUAACAGGAGCAUUUUUUCGGCCGAGCUCGCGGCGAUUAGACAAGCAUUAGACUAUAUCUAUAACUUUGAAAUUGCAGUGGUUAAUAUUUUCAGCGACUCCCUUGCAAGUGUUAUGGCUAUCCAUAGUCAGCGUGUCGAUUCCCAUCACCUAAUUAAAGAUAUCCGUCAGAUUGUAUCUAACCUUUUGAGUUCAGGCACCCGUACUAACUUUAUUUGGAUACCGAGCCACGUAACCAUCCCUGGUAAUGAACGCGCCGAUGAGCUCGCUACUCAAUGCUUGUCUGAUCCCGCUAGCCCGGUUUUAUCAAUCACGCCUUCAACAUCAGAAUUUUUGAACGUUAUCCACUCUGCUAGAAUUUCUAACCUCAGCCGUUCCCUUAGAUUGGCCUGUCCUACUCUCCUUCCCUCAUCGAGGUGUCGUAUGGGUCUUAGACCGUGGCAGGUCCACAAGUCGACAGUUAUUUCGAGAAUCCUUCACAGGCUCAGGAGCGGUCGAAAUCGCCUAAAUAAAACGUUGAGACAUUUUGACGCGGACAAUGAUGGUUUUUACCCCAAUGGUUGCCCCAAUUUAGAAGACUCUAAUCACGUUCUUACCGUAUGUCCAACUUAUGAAAUCUCUCGGGAGCCCAUAAGAUCUCUCGUAUCCGGUCUCAAACUUGAUUUUGUCCUCCCAGUCCUUAUUGGCAUUUGUGAAAACAUUCCUUGUAAUAGUCAAUUUAAAAUCAGAGACGGCGUAGUAAAAUUUCUAACUCAGUCUGGCCUAAUUAGUCGAAUUUAA